CUGUAUUUGAGGGUGUCUGGUCCACGACUUUCCUCUCAUUACCCACCCACUGGAAAACCCACCUCGACCAUGGCCGAUCAGACCGCUUCCCAGCCGGCCGGCACCGACCCCAACGCCGAGGUCACUGAUGAUAUCGACCGAUCUAUAGAAGCUGAGCUCAGGCCCAACGACACUCAAGCGGACCCUAUGAACCUCGAUGGCGCGAAUGACAUGGAACCUUCGACAAGCAAUGGUACGGGUGUGGGUGCUGGGGCGCUCGAGGCGCGGAUAUCGGCAAAGAAAGAUGCAACUCUGCGCGAGUUCUUGGGCAAGAUGGACGACUAUGCGCCUAUCAUCCCAGACGCUGUGACGAACUACUACCUAACGCUCGCUGGCUUGCCACCUCCACCCCAAACAUCCCCGCAUCUCGCCCGUCUUCUCGCGCUUGCGACUCAAAAAUUCAUUGCCGAUAUCGCCGCUGAUGCCUACCAAUUCUCCCGAAUACGCGCAUCGAAUACGACAAGCAAUAACCCCAUGGGAGGCCUUGCUGGAGCGGUUGGGAGCGGUGCCGGACCUCAGGGCGCAGCUGCUGCUAGCGGCGCUGCCGGUGGUAAAGAGGGAGGACCUGCCGGUAAAGGUCUCAAUCUCGGGGUCCAGAGGCCUGGGUAUGGUGGUGGUGGCCAAGGUGGGAGUCAAGGGCGAACCGUCCUCUCCAUGGAAGAUCUGGGAAUGGCAGUUGGAGAAUAUGGGGUCAACAUUAAAAGAGGAGAGUUCUACCGGUAGUCAUACCAGUAUCGAAAGAUCACCUAUCGAAGCAACAGCUUGCGGGAGAGAUCCGGCCGCGCAGGGACGGCUGGCCGGCGCAUGGGGGUCGACAACUUGCUAUCAUUAUUCACACUUUCUCGCAUCCAAAAGAGCAUUCGGGCCAUGGAGACAAAUCAUCCAAAGCAAUGGCAGGGCGAGUGACUUUGGGUAGGAUCCCAACUUGGACUGAAAAAUGCGCGCCGGUCGAGGGUGGCAUACUGGCGUUGGGACUGCGUUUACUCUGGCGGACACGGAUCUUGCGAGCAGGACAAUCACGAUGGCUUAGAGCGAGGUAGGCUUUAUGGUGCAAAGUUGUACAAUAGAAGUACAAGAAAGGCAUAUAACGCCGCCCAAUGAUACCCAUUCUCCUAUCCAAUGACUGCCUUCACUUGUUCUUCGUUUGCUUGUAGGUGAACU